UUCUGUGAAAAAUGGGGUCGAGAGCUAUUGCAUGUUGCAUUCUGUUGUCAUUGUUCUCAGUAGCUUUAGCUGAAUAUGUCGAUGUCAGGGUUCGAGGAGUAGUUUCGAUAGCUAGCACAGAUGACAAUUUCAUAUGUGCAACCCUGGAUUGGUGGCCAACUAAUAAAUGUGAUUACAAUCAAUGCCCUUGGGGAAAAGCUGGAAUUUUUAAUCUGGAUUUGAAGAACAAGACCUUGAUCAAUGCAGUAAAGGCUUUCAAUACAAUAAGGAUCAGAAUUGGAGGUUCAUUGCAAGACCAAAUUAUUUAUAAUUUUGGUUAUGGAGUGAAAGACUGCAACCAAAUCGUGAAAGAUGGUUCUGGGCCUUUCUUGUUCAGUGGCGGUUGUCUUCAGCCGAAAAGAUGGGAUGAGAUCCAUGAGUUCUUCAACCAAACACAAGCCAAACUCUGGUUUGGAUUGAAUGCCCUUCAUGGGAAGAAAACGGACCCGAAAGACAAGAUUCUUUGGGUCGGUGAUUGGGACGCAAAAAACGCUCGUGAUCUCAUGGAGUACACCAUCUCAAAGGGUUACCCUGUUGAGUCAUAUGAGCUUGGAAACGAGUUAUGUGGGAGUGGGGUAGGUGCAAGAAUAGAAGCUGAACAAUAUGCCAAAGACAUGAAAAAGCUCAAACAACUUGUGACAGAGUUGUUCCCAGAUGGUAAACAGCCAAAGGUUUUAGGCCCCGGCGGCUUUUAUGAGAAAAAGUGGUUCAAUGACUUCCUGCAGGCCACCGGACCCGGUGUCCUAGACGGUGUGACUCAUCACACUUACGACCUUGGUGCUGGUGUUGAUCCAACCCUUAUAACCAAGGUUCAAGACCCAUUUUACCUGGACCAUUCAUCUCAGACAUAUAACGAUGUGGCAAACUCAGUUAAACAGUUUGCCCCAUGGACAGACCCUUGGGUUGGUGAGGCUGGUGGAGCUUACAACAGUGGUGGCAAAGAUGUUUCACAUACCUUUGCUAAUGGCUUUUGGUAUUUGGACCAACUUGGUAUGACAGCAAGCUACAGUCACAAGGUUUACUGCAGACAAGCCUUGAUUGGAGGGAACUAUGCCCUACUUAAUACCACAUCUUUCAUCCCUAAUCCUGACUACUAUGGUGCACUGCUAUGGCAUAGACUGAUGGGAAAUAAAGUGCUCUCUACCGUUCAUUAUGGCUCUCCCUUCUUGCGUGCAUAUACUCAUUGUUCAAAGAAAAAGCCUGGGGUCACUCUGCUUUUGAUCAACAUGUCCAACUCUACUACCUUCGAUGUUGAAGUUUUCCCCGAGUUCAAUCUGCAUCCUUGGCAAAGAUAUGAGGUACAAUCGGACACAAAAUCAGCUGGUGCACCAAUGAGAGAAGAGUAUCAUUUGACACCAGAAGGUGGCAAUAUCCAAAGUGAUGUGCUGCUACUGAAUGGGACUCCAUUGAAGCUCACAGAGUCAUCCGACAUUCCUGAACUGCAACCAAAACUAGUGGAUCCUACCUCUGCAGUCAGUGUUGCACCACAGUCGUUCGUCUUUGUAUCUAUCAAGGACUUCCAUGCCCCUGCAUGCGCUUAGUUAGGAGAAGAUUUUUUUCUUUUGGUGAAAUAGUUAGGAGAAGAUUUUGCUUCUUUUGUUUGUUUAAU